GAGAGAGAGAGAGAGGAUUGGGAUGGCGGCGAUGCGAUCGGCGCUGGCGAUGCUCUCCCGCCGUACUUGCGGCUCCUCUGGAUCCUCGGCAGCCGCGUCCAUGGGCGGAAGAGGGCUUGAGAUCCACCAAGUUUUCCGGCCCGCGGCGCCAAGGACGCCGCCGCUCCGGCCUGCGGCCUUCCGUAACCUUGAGAGCCAGCGACAUUUCUCAACUGGGGGUAGGGAGCCGGCAGACAAAGCUGAUACGUGGUGGCAACGGGUUAAAUACCGUGUGAAAAAUGCUGAUAUAGAAGAGAGGAGCAGAGCUCUCUUUGUGUAUUCAGUUUUUACUGGAGAGACGGUGGGAGUCUAUAUGGUUAAGUUUACAGUGGACAUCUAUCGACAAAUUCUGGAUUGAUUGCACUUUCGCGGUUGCCUAGCUUGUUGGUCCUAUUUAUCCUAGUAUUUCUCUUUGUGGAGUAGUAUAUGUUUAGGUGACUGGCAAACAUCUUAAACAUGCCGUAGGUACAUGUGUGCACAAAUCGCAACCUCCAAAGCUUUUUUUUGGCGCUUGGUCAUGCUGCUGCCUCAAGAGCUGCCGUGGCAACCUGGAACUUGCCAUUCCAGAUAGCACUCACGGCUUGCAUUUACUGUUUUAGAAGAAGAAUUUCUCGUUUUUCG